AUGAACAUGGAUAAGUACCUCGAAGACCUUGAGGAUUAUCGCCGACAGCUUGAGAACAUGAACGAUACUAUCACGGAUGCGGACAUGGCCAGCAUCGUAUUGACUGGCGUCGAGGGAACUCAUCGAAGUGUCGUGCGGAUGGUUAAUCGCGACGAUGAGCCAUCUAACCUUGAGCGUGUCCUGAACACACUGCGUGGUGAAGCUGAAAUGGAUCAAGCUGAUGAAGAGAUGAACGGAGACACGAAAAAUAAAGAGGAAAGCAGCAAGAUUGGAGCAGUAAAGGGGAAGAAAUUCUCGAAAGGCAAGAAUCAAAAUCGUGUCGGUCAAGGUAAGAAGGCUCAAGGCGGUGGAAGUUCAAGGCUGAACAGGCAGCGAAAAAAAGAUGAGAGCGAUGAUGAAGAUGACACAGAAGCAGGUGAGCCGCCGAAAACAAAGAAAUUGAAGGAGAAGAAGAAUCGGAAGGUUGGAUUCGUGGGUUGA